AAGAACCUCAGCCGAAGAUCGUAGCAAGAGGGACGACGAUGAAGAUUUUCCACUAUCCAUGCUUGGAAGACAACUACGCCUACCUGAUUAUAGACGAAGCCACCAGAGAAGCUGCAGUCGUGGAUCCCGUGGAGCCGGAGAAGCUCGUGAAGGCUGCCGAGGAGCAUGGAGUUCAGAUCAAGCUUGUUCUCACCACUCAUCAUCACUGGGAUCAUGCCGGGGGGAAUGAGAAGAUGAAGGAGAUGAUCCCUGGGAUCAAAAUCUAUGGAGGUUCACUUGACAAGGUCAAGGGUUGCACCGACGAAGUUGAAAAUGGUGACAAGAUAUCCCUUGGCGCUGAUGUUAAUAUAAUGGCUCUCCAUACCCCUUGCCACACUAAAGGCCACAUUAGUUACUAUGUCACUGGCAAGGAGGCAGAAGACCCAGCUGUUUUCACUGGUGAUACCCUGUUUAUUGCUGGAUGUGGUAAGUUUUUUGAGGGAACAGCUGAGCAGAUGCACCAAUCACUCUGUGUAACAUUGGCUUCAUUGCCAAAGCAUACUCAAGUGUACUGUGGCCAUGAGUACACAGUGAAGAAUUUACAGUUUGCACAAACAGUUGAGCCCGAGAAUGCGAAGAUAAAGCAGAAGUUAUCUUGGGCUCAGCAGCAAAGGCAGGCAGGACUUCCUACCAUUCCUUCAACCAUUGAGGAAGAGAUGGAAAUAAAUCCAUUUGUUCGCGCUGAUCUUCCUGAAGUCCAGGCAAAAGUUGGGUGCGGCUCUCCCGUGGAAGCUCUCGGGAAGAUAAGGCAGAUGAAGGAUAGCUGGAGAGGCUAAAAUUGCGCCGCUCAUAAUUCACCUUUCCUUGUACUGCCUGGAUUCAAUGUGCGAAAAGGGCGUCACUGAAACAAAACAGAAAGACAUCUCCCCUUGUUGUACUUGUGGAAUGUAUGGGAGUGUUUAACAAAUGUAUGGGAGUGUUUAACGAAUGUAUGUGCGAGUGUUUGACAAGACUCUGGCAUAUGAGGCCCCUGUAUAACACAGCUACUCUAGUCAGAAAUACCUGUCUGUAUCUUCAGUGGCAGCUAACUCUAAUCAGAAAUACAGGAGAUCCAAAGGAACAACAAAAGCUCGAUCUAC